CGCGCCCGCACCCCGACCUACCGCAACAGCCCGCGAUCUUGAGUGUCCGAUAUUCGUGUGUCCUUUGGAUUUUUUUUGUGAAUGUGCGCUAUAUUAGUUUGUGUUUAAAUCGGAUUCUACCUUGAAAAGAAACUUUGUUUUUAGUUAAACGUGUCGCGUCCUCUGAAGAUCUUGUUGACUUAAUAACUAUGGUAUUGUCGUCUCGACAAUAUCUUGAUAUCAGUACAGAAAUAAUUAAUUCAGUGUUGUCGAGUGCGUGGUGGUGUUGCGUUGUGUGUGAUGGCUGGUGAAAUUAAUUGGACCCAGGAAUGUGACUGAUGGCUAACUCUCCAGACCUGGGCUUGCUUGCGGCUAGCCUUCUACGGCUUAUCAUCGUGACGAAGUUCAUCCGAAUCGGAAUUGCGGACAAAAAUGACAACCCGCCCUACUUCGACAAGGAGCUGUACGAGGCUGAGGUCGACGAAAAUGAAGAUAUUCAGCAUACAGUCCUCACCGUCACCGCCAAAGAUCACGAUGAAUCAUCGCGUAUUCGAUACGAGAUUACGAGCGGGAACAUAGGCGGUGCCUUCGCCGUCAAGAACAUGACCGGCGCUAUCUAUGUGGCAGGGGCGCUCGACUAUGAAACUAGGAAAAGGUACGAGCUGAAGUUAGCUGCGUCAGACAACCUGAAGGAAAACUACACCACGGUUGUGAUUCAUGUGAAGGAUGUCAACGAUAAUCCUCCCGUGUUCGAGAGACCCACAUAUCGAACCCAAAUCACAGAAGAAGACGACCGCAAUCUCCCCAAGCGUGUGUUACAGGUUACUGCAACUGAUGGGGAUAAGGAUAGACAGCAAAAUAUAGUAUAUUUCCUAACGGGACAAGGAAUUGAUCCGGAUAAUCCUUCUAAUAGUAAAUUUGACAUUAAUAGAACAACAGGAGAAAUAUUUGUUUUGAAGCCUUUAGAUCGUGAUCAACCUAAUGGACGACCUCAAUGGAGAUUUACUGUUUUCGCUCAAGAUGAAGGAGGCGAAGGGCUAGUCGGCUACGCAGAUGUUCAAGUUAAUCUUAAAGAUAUUAAUGAUAAUGCACCCAUUUUCCCUCAAGGCGUUUAUUUCGGUAAUGUCACUGAAAAUGGAACGGCUGGAAUGGUUGUUAUGACUAUGACAGCUAUUGAUUAUGAUGAUCCCGCUGAAAGUAAUAACGCAAAACUGUGGUAUUCUAUUGAAAAAAAUGUAAUUGAAGAAGAAACUGGUUCUCCAAUAUUUGAAAUUGAACCAGAAACGGGUGUGAUUAAAACAGCUGUAUGUUGCUUAGAUCGAGAAAGGACACCAGAUUAUUCAAUACAAAUUGUUGCAUCAGACGGUGGGGGGUUGAAAGGUACUGGAACGGCGUCAAUACGUGUAAAAGACAUAAACGAUAUGCCUCCGCAAUUUACAAAAGAUGAAUGGUUUACAGAAGUUGAUGAAACCGAUGGCACAAACCUUCCCGAAAUGCCUAUUUUGACUGUUACUGUACAUGACGAAGACGAGACAAAUAAAUUUCAAUAUAAAGUUAUUGAAAACAGUGGAUAUGGCGCUGAUAAGUUUACUAUGGUUAGGAAUAACGACGGUACCGGGUCUUUAAAAAUCGUACAACCUUUGGACUAUGAAGAUCAAUUACAAAGUAAUGGAUUCAGAUUCAGAAUACAAGUAAACGAUAAAGGUGAAGAUAACGACAACGAUAAAUAUCAUGUAGCUUAUUCAUGGGUGGUUGUUAAAUUGAGGGAUAUUAAUGACAAUAAGCCACAAUUUGAAAGAGCAAACAUUGAAGUGUCAGUGUAUGAAAAUGCUGAAGUUGGUAAAAGUUUAGAAACAUUUAAAGCAACUGAUCCAGAUCAAGGUGGUAAAAGUAAAGUAUCUUAUGCAAUCGAUAGAUCGUCAGAUAGAAAACGACAAUUUUCUAUUAAUCAAGAAGGAACAGUAAGCAUACAACGCUCGUUGGAUAGAGAAGACACACCUCGACAUCAAGUUAAAAUAUUAGCCAUUGACGACGGGUUACCGCCACGAACGGCUACAGCCACAUUAACCGUUAUCGUCCAAGAUAUUAACGAUAACGCACCAACAUUUUUGAAGGAUUAUAGACCUGUUUUGACUGAACACAUAACUCCUAAAAAAGUAGCUGAAAUUUUGGCUACAGACGAUGACGAUCGAUCUAAAAGUAAUGGUCCACCAUUCCAAUUCCGAUUAGAUCCAGGUGCUGAUGAUAUUAUAAGGGCUUCCUUUAAAGUAGAACAAGAUCAAAAGGGUGCCAACGGCGAUGGUAUGGCAAUUGUAUCUUCAUUAAGAUCUUUCGAUAGAGAGCAACAAAAAGAGUAUCUUAUUCCUAUUAUUAUUAAAGACCAUGGAAACCCAGCUAUGACUGGAACCAGCACCUUGACCGUUGUAAUUGGUGAUGUAAAUGACAACAAAAUGCAACCCGGAUCUAAGGAAAUUCUUGUUUACAAUUAUCAAGGUCAAGCUCCUGAUACUGAAAUUGGACGCGUUUAUGUGUAUGAUCUUGACGAUUGGGAUCUACCAGAUAAAAAAUUCUUUUGGGAAAGCUCUGAACAUCCGAACUUUACACUUAAUGAAGAAACUGGAAUGAUACAAAUGAAACAUAAAACAAGAGAAGGCAGAUAUCAUUUAAAAUUCAAAGUGUACGAUCGAAAACAUACACAAACUGACGUACCUGCAAACGUUACUGUAUACGUAAAAGAAAUAUCUCACGAUGCAAUAAUAAAUUCGGGCUCAAUACGAAUAUCAGGUAUAUCAGACGAAGAUUUUAUACGAGUUUGGAAUUAUAAGACGUUAAGUGUAUCUCGAAGUAAAUUAGACAUUUUUAAGGAUAAAUUAGCCGAUUUACUUAAUACUGAACGAGAGAACAUUGACAUUUUUAGUGUCCAAUUAAGAAAGAAGCAUCCACCGGUGACAGACAUUCGUUUCGCAGCACAUGGUGCUCACUACUAUAAACCAAUCCGGCUCAACGGAAUAGUUUUAAUGCAUAGAGAAGAAAUUGAAAGAGCAGUAGGAAUAAACAUUACGAUGGUUGGAAUUGAUGAAUGUCUUUAUGAAAAUCAUGCCUGUGAAGGAUCUUGUACCAAUGUGUUAGAUAUUAGUAAUUUACCUUACAUGGUCAACGCAAAUAAAACAGCUCUUGUGGGUGUACGCGUUGAUGUUAUUGCAGAGUGCACAUGUGGUGCCAGAAACUUCACGCAAGCAGAAACAUGUCGUAACUCUCCUUGCUAUAAUGGAGGAAGAUGUAUAGAAGGAAAAUAUGGACUAACAUGUUCUUGCCCUCCGGGUUACACUGGUCCUCGAUGUCAACAAACGUCUCGAAGCUUUAGAGGUACUGGAUGGGCGUGGUAUCCUUCACUUGAAAUGUGUGAUAGUUCCCAUUUAAGUUUUGAAUUCAUUACUAGAAAAUCUGAAGGUGUUUUGAUAUAUAAUGGCCCGAUUGUACCUCCUGAACCUGAAGAAAUAAUGGUAUCUGAUUUUAUAUCUGUUGAAUUAGAAAGGGGCAAUCCUCGUUUACUUAUCGAUUUUGGUUCCGGCACGUUAGAACUGAGAGUUAAAACUAAAAAACCAUUAGAUGACGGUGAAUGGCAUCGGCUGGAUAUAUUCUGGGACACUGAGAAUGUAAGGAUGAUAGUUGAUUACUGUAAAUCUGCUGAUAUACAGGAAAUGGAAGAUGGCACACCCCCAGAGUUCGAUGAUUCCACUUGUCAAGCUACUGGAACAAUUCCACCAUUUAAUGAAUACUUGAAUGUAAACGCACCAUUACAAGUUGGUGGUUUAUACAUAGAACACUUUGAUCCAACCCACUAUCAUUGGCAAUAUAUGCCUAUUGGUAAAGGUUUUGAUGGAUGUAUCAGAAAUCUGAUUCACAAUAGUAAAUUAUACGAUUUAGCACAUCCUGGAUUAUCUAGAAACUCAGUUGCUGGCUGCCCUCAAACUGAAGAGAUUUGUAAUCAAGCCGACACUACAUCCAGAUGUUGGGAGCACGGUACAUGUGUUGGUAGCUUUUCAGAAGCUAGAUGUCAAUGUCAACCUGGUUGGACUGGACCAUCAUGUAACUUACCCACAACGCCUACUAGCUUUAGACCUCAAAGUUAUGUAAAGUUUGCUCUUAGUUUUGAACCAGAUCGAUUUAGCACACAAAUUCAACUUCGAUUCCGAACUAGAGAACCUCAUGGAGAACUGUUCAGAGUAAGUGACCAACAUAACCGAGAAUAUGGUAUACUUGAAGUUAAAGAAUCACGUUUACACUUUAGAUACAAUUUGAACUCCUUACGAACUGAAGAACGUGAUGUAUGGCUAAAUUCUGUUGCUGUAGACGAUGGUCAGUGGCACAUAGCUAGAGUUAGCAGGUAUGGUAGUGCUGCGACUUUGGAAAUAGAUGGAGGUGAAGGUCGUCGAUACAAUGAGACAUUCACUUUUGAAGGCCACCAAUGGCUCUUGGUAGAUAAACAAGAAGGAGUUUAUGCUGGAGGUAAAGCUGAAUAUACUGGUGUAAGGACAUUUGAAGUAUAUGCUGAUUUCCAAAAAGGUUGUUUAGAUGACAUACGUCUGGAGGGGAAGCACCUACCACUUCCUCCGGCUAUGAAUGGCACUCAGUGGGGACAAGCUACGAUGGCAAGAAAUUUGGACCGUAACUGUCCUUCCAACAGUCCUUGCAUCAACGUGCACUGCACAGAACCCUUUGUCUGUGUGGAUCUCUGGAACGAAUAUGAAUGCACGUGUCCCGGGGGGUCGGCGCGCGCGGGCGGCACGUGUGUGAACGUGAACGAGUGCCUGGCGAGCCCGUGCCUCAACGGCGGCACGUGCGUGGACCGCGAGCCGGCGCGCCGCUACGACUGCAUAUGCGCGUUCGGCUACACCGGCCACGACUGCGAAUUAGAACUCCUCGCGUCCGGAGUCAUCAUGCCCUCCAGAGAUUUCAUUAUAGCUAUCAUUGUCUGUUUGUUUUUGCUUUUAGUUCUGGUGCUAGUGUUCGUCGUGUACAACCGCCGGCGAGAAGCCCACAUCAAGUACCCCGGGCCCGACGACGACGUUCGCGAGAAUAUAAUAAACUACGACGAUGAAGGAGGCGGCGAGGACGACAUGACAGCUUUUGAUAUCACUCCACUGCAGAUUCCCAUCGGGGGACCGCUCCCCGAUCACGUUCCCUCUAAAUUACCCUAUCCACUAAUGAGUGUCGGGCUUGGAGUCGGUCCCAUGGGUGUUGGAGUGGCGCCUCCCAUCGGAGUCCCGCUGCCGGGAGAGACCAACGUGGGCAUGUUCAUUGAAGAGCACAAGCGGAGGGCGGACAGUGACCCGAACGCGCCGCCUUUCGACGACCUGCGGAAUUAUGCUUACGAGGGCGGCGGCAGUACGGCUGGAUCCUUGUCGUCUCUUGCAUCUGGUACUGACGAUGAGACGCAUGAGUACGACUAUCUGAGCGCCUGGGGCCCGCGCUUCGACAAGCUCGCUGAUUUGUAUGGCCCCGAUCUGGACGAGCAACUGUAGGUUCGGUUAAACGCAUAACACGCGCAUUACAUCGCGCAAAUUUAGUCAAUUGUCUCCCACGUUUCUAAUUAAUAAGACACUUUUAAGCUAUCUUGGGAGAGACACCACCCGCGUCUUUUUGUUUACGUUUACAGGCUAGGCAAAUAUAUUAUGAUACGCACCUAAAGUGUGGGCUGUGCUCACGAACAUUUUAGUUUAUUAAUAUUUAAUUGAUAGACGUGUUAGCUUAAGAGCGCUCUCGUUUGGGGCGUAUUGCGUCGUUUUGAGACAAAACGUGUAUCUUCACCAAAUAUUUGAUAUAAGUUUUUAUUCGAGUUAGCCAUAAAUAUUAUGAGUCAGUAUUUUAUUGGAAGUUAUUGAUGUAAGUGGAUUUAUGCAGGAGGGCCAUAAGUCAACCGUGGGUGUUUGUAGAUAGUGUGCUAUAAAUGUGAAUAAUUUAUACGAGUAUUUUGUAAGUCCGCAGCUUUACGUGAUAUAUCUUAACUUACGGCCCUUCCGUAACAAAUCGUUAUACCUAAUAUAAAAAUAUAUGUUAUAUUUUAUAUUAAUGAUUAAUAAUAAUAUUUAAAAAAUUCGUCCGAACGGACGUCGAGUUUAUAAUGCUCAUUCAGUAUGUGGAAUAAUCGCCGGGGGAUGUACAUAUAAAUAUUUAAUAAAAUUCUACCCCCAAUUUAGUCUAAUAUAAAACGAUCGACAUCUCUAUUCGAAAUCUCUUCGUAAGUGUACAAUAACUGGUGUUCCUCUCCUAAAGUCUCCAUGUAGAGUAGUUGAUAAAUUUUAGACACCCACGUGCGGGCAUUGGGCUCGGUAAAUUAUACGUAGUUUUGAUAGAGGAGAGUUCUCUGUCGGCUCGGGGCGAGUGGGGCGCGGGGCGUAGGGCGCCGGACGUAGGGCGCCGGGCGCGAGGCGUAGCGGAGCGGGACGCGCGAUGUGCGAGCGAGUGCGUGCGAGCGAGAGCGCGGCGUCGGCUCCGACGAGCGCAGAUAUGAAUGGGACAGUGCCAAUUUAUUAGCAUUAUUAUCGAUGCAGCUAAUGACCAUAGCGAUAAGUGUUUGCACUUUAUUUAUUCAUAUAUUUACGUAUAAAUUUAGUCGCACCUAGGAAAAUAUCAAUAACUUACUAAGAGUGUUGUGCUAGAUUUAUGUUAUCGAUUUUGACGUGAGAUAGUCCCCGGAACCGUUAGAAGUCACUAAUUUAAAUCUAAUUUUUAAGAAUUUAUAGUAAAAUAAUUAAAUUUAUUAAAGGUUUCGCAAAUACUGUCUCACCUCGACAUCGAAUUAGGAUCAGUGUAAAUUUUAGAAAUAUACUGAAUUAUGUUAAAAUGACUGAUUUUUAUUAUGCGUUUGAAAGCCUAAGAUUAUGUAGAUUCGGUUAUUUCUUUACAUAUAGACUUCGAAUACUGUAAGAACACUCUAGUUUGCACUCAAAAUGAAUAUUCAAGUCUCAAUAAUAAAGCAAUUCUCGUUAAUUACUAUUUGUGUAAGUAGACGUUGAUAGUUAGUCCGAGAUUGAUAUUCUAGGUUUUAUUGUUCUUUUAUAAUAUCAUUACACUGCCAGUAAUCAUAUAUAGACGAAUUACGAUAGCGUUUGGUCCGAUUUUAUAUUUCUGUCGUAUACAUAUGAUAUUGUAUAUUGAUUUUUUGAACUUUUUUAUAAUGAACGUGAUACUUUCUCCUCAAUCGACAGUAACGUGCUAAUCGAUGCACAAGAACCUUGAUAUUUCUUUGAAUACGCUCUGCUUUGUCUGCGAUGUGUGUACCUUUACAAUUUAAUACGUUUUUACCAAAGAUAUGUUGAUAAUUGCUGUAAAUAUUCCACGCUCGUGCAUGCUGUCAUGUUACCGACGAAAUUAUCGUUGUUACAUUUAAAGCAAAAACAUUUGCGUUCGAAAUUUAUGCAUCAUGAGUAACGUUUCGCCGCAGCUGCUACUCGACACGUUACUGCUUUCUACUAAAUAUAGGUACACAUGAAAAUAACACUAUAUUUCACUGUAUUUUGGUGAUUAUUAAAAUACUGUAUGUACACUAAUUAAGACGGCAGAGCACACAAUCCCAGUACAAACAAAUGCCGACACCGUACGUGAUCGGUGCACGUAAUUUUAUUUUAGACAUUAAUUAUUAUACCUACAUAGUUAUGUUUUGUUUCAACUGUGAUUAUUUAGUUGUACAACUCUGAAAAUUACAUAAAAGAAUGAAUAAAGUAUGAAAAAAUG